UACUUUUCCUCUCCUUACCCUACGAUGUCUGUCAGAGAGAAGCGUUUAACCGCAGACACAUUGGUAGAUGAAACUUCAUCUUUAAUGCUCAAAAAGCAAUACUCUCCUCAACUUGCUUUCAGUCCUAGUUUAUCCGCAGAUGGAGGAAUGUUGGCUGUCCAACAACAGCAACAGUCUGACCUUAGUAUUUCUCCUUCCAAUACAUUAAUUGAUAAUGCA